AUGUCAUUCCAGGCUCAAGCUUUUAUUAAACUAAACGAUAACACAAGUGAUGGUACUACUUCUGAUGAUUCAGUACUGCCGAUUGAUCUUGUUGACAGCCCUGGAUAUGACGAUGCAACUGAACAAGCCGGAAAUUUAUUGGUCAUGUCUUUCAAUGCAACCAAUCUGUUUAUCUUAGUUACAACAUUGAAAGAUGUUAAUCAAAGACAUACAGUAGCAUUAUUAAACAAACUUUUGGAUCAUACAAACGUCAAAGUAUUAGUUUUAAUCAAUCAAGUCGAUAUUCGACUGAGGGAUGAGUGGGUAAACGUUAAAACACGGUCAUGCUACAAAAAGAAAGAUAGCGACGAGGAUUCAGACACGGAUGAAACAAACCAAGAAUUUAAUCGAUGCCAAGUAUUAGAUCAAAUGGUUGAACGUCCUCGACAAGAAUUAAUUCAAGAAUUAACGAUUGCUCCGGAGGUGAUCAAAAGUCGUGUUACAUUUCAAACUGUUAUUUUAAAAGGUUUUAAUGAAUUUGACAAGACAUUUGUCAAAUCUAAUAAUGUAUAUAAAAACGACGGCUUUCGUGAUAAAGUGCACAAAUCAAAUGUGAAAAAAUGGAUUGAACAAAAUCUGAUUAACUCGAUAAGUUCCCACCAACCUUGA